CUUCUGUACCAAUCUAUCGUCUUUCUUCUUCACUGACGAAGAGGAAAGCGCAAUGCGAAGCUCGAACUGGCUCGAACGCCUCCAUCGCUCCCAAGGUCUCCCGAUCUCGGACCUCGAUCUCGAUGCUUUCCUCUCUUCUCUCCCGCAACCUAACCCUAACCCUGAUCCUGUUCGUCCCCACGCCCCGCCGGCGAAUCCUGGAUGUGGGAAACCCAAGGUGUUUGAUCUUAUGAGUGGCGUCCUCGCCGAGCUCUUCGUCAUGACUGGCCCCUCGGGAAUUGUUGCCGAGAAGCCGAAGAGCUCGCGGAAGCAACUGAACCCUAAGCUCUGCUCCCGUCCCGAUUCGGCUAGUGCAAGUGGAGCCCGGGAUACCCCCCGUGCUGCUCCGGCGGCUUCGCCAUCGAGCGCCGAGAAUAGUUUGGCCGGCGUGAAGAAGGGACGGCCUGCGAAGCCGAGAAGGAAGCGGGGACCAGCGAGCUCCGAUUUUGGGGCUUAUUCAAGGACGGAGGUGACGGUGAUUGAUACGAGCUCAUCGCCUGGUUGGAAGUCGGAAAAGAUCAUUUUCAGCAAGGGUUUGGUAUGGAAAGUUCGAGAUAAGAAGCUGUGGAAUUUUAAUAGGAAGAAGAGGAAAUUGGGGAUUGUGGAUAAAUUUGGAGGAGAGAAGGAGAAGGCCCAGAAGGAGAAGCAGAGUUUGGCUGAGUUGAAGGCCAAGGCUCAGAAGGAAACCCUUGCUUCAUUGGAAGAGGAACAUGUGGACAAUCGAGAUGCUUCAAAAGAGAGUCAGGAUCAGAUUCCCAUUCUUAAAAAAAGGCCAAAAUUUUCAAGGUCGCCGCGUAUUCCAGCAGCGAAAGAUUCAUCCAUUUUUCGCAUAAAAGUUUUAACAGGCAGGAAAAAUGGGACAACUUGCGCCAAGAAUUCUGUGAAAGGAAAAUGACAAAAAUCACAAACUUUUCAUCUAUCAUUUGCCAUAUCAAAGGAACCACCAAACUUGAAGCUCCAGAAGUAGUUGCAAAUUCUAAACUUGAGCUUAGAGUGAUCCGGCUUCUCGCUUUGCAGUUGACAGAUUGGCUGCAAGAGUUCAUUAGAAUGCAAUGUUACCUUGUUUUUAAGAUGUGAAGUAUCAAACUCGGAGUUCCCUUCAGGAUGUAUUGCUCUUUUCAUGUGCAAAUAUAUUGUAAAACUGCAUUCCUUUAUAAUGCCUUGUCUCAAAACUUUAUUCAUUUGAAGCUUGACUUGACUCAA